UGAGGUAUUGUUGCAUGGACCCUUUUAAGAUCGUUGUACUUAACAGCAGUGGCAGUGUGAAACUCCUUUCCUUCACUCGCAUCAUGUCUAAAUUGAUUUAUCGUUUGACGCAUAUUGCCUCGUCCGACUCAGAGGCACCAUUUAAUGAUAUGGAUAUUGCAUUUGUGAGGGAAGAGGGAAUUUAUUUGGUGGCAGCGGUUUCCGCAGACACAUUACUAGUCUCUGCGCUGGAGUGCGGGCUAACGAACGUAGCAACUCCUAUCAGCCGACGGUCACAACCCCUCAAUUCCGCCCGGACGCAUGAAUUACUAAAGUUUGUGCCCACUUCAGUCGGAAAUCGAGUGCUGAUGUGUGUUGCUUGGAGUGUUGAUCUUGAGGUAUUUAGCGUUGCUGCCGGAGGCACUUUUUCUCAAAUCGAGCGAAUAGCCGUUGUACGUCUUGAAAGGCCAUUGCAUGCAAUGAGUCGUAUUGCCGACUGUUGUUUGCUGCUUCUUGACCAGAAGGAUGUGCUGCACUUACUGGAUGCAGGUGUCGGAGUCAUUGUGGAAACGCGAGUUCUACACGGCGUGGAGCCUGUUGUGUUCUCCAGCCGAAGUUGUGGCAUGAGGCGCAAUGCGGCUUUUGCGUUCAUGGGCAGCGAUGCUUUCUUAUUGGGUCGCCGUCGAACCUUCACUUGUACUCUGCUCUCGUGGCGGACUCGUCUGGAUGCGCUGGUGGAGAAGCGGCGUUUCCCUGAGGCUCUGGAACUUGCCAAGGCAUUUGCACUGGAGGUGGCAUUAGCUGUUGUGGGUCUCCAUGGAGACUCCGCUACACGUCGUGCAAGUAUUCACUCUUAUUUGCCUCAUCUCAUUACAUCGUACCUGAAGCAUGUCACGGAAUCAAAUUCUUCUCAAGAAACCCUUGUACGUUGCGUUACAUGUGUCAUUCAGUUUUGCUCAGAAGUUGAUGCCAUGGAUGUGUUCUUUGGCCCUGUAAUGGAAUUCCUUAGGCGUGACUCUCUGCAUUAUUCUCUUGCAUUGUAUUGUCUUGAAGAAAGUAUUGUUUUGGGUCUCGUGACUGUAUUGCCGGAUAUGUAUAUUCAACCCUUUUUUGAUUUGUUUGCCAAUGAAACGUUACCCGUGAUCACGGAAUUAAUGCAUGGAACAAGUGAUGCCGUGUCUUCAUGUGGAAUGUUGAGAGUCGAACGGGCUUUGAUGUGUCUUGAUGGCAACCAUGAGCUUCUGAUGCGUAUUGCGAAGAAGCAUAAGCUGGUAAGACUGGCUGUUUCUAUACUCUCUUACAGACAGCAGCGGUAUGUGGAUGCGCUCCGAUUCGCUCUUGAGGAAGAUCAUGAACAUGGGGUAGCAGUUUGUUUUUUUGAGUGCUCCAUGGAGGGGUAUACGAUUUUGGGUGACACGGAGAUUUCUGUCGAUCAGCGCCAAAAGGCGAAGCGGGAACUUUGGUGUCACCUAUUGACCGUCCCGAAUGACUUCUUGGCACUUCUUCGUAUGGAUCCCGAACGUGUUCUUUUUGCAACAUUCUCAUCGCUACAGGAAAGUGGGCCCGAUUCCCCUUGGGGUGAAGCAUUGUCGAAGAGGCAAUGCGUUGGGGAGUUGUUUCUGCAGCUGGUGGGGACGGAGGUAUCAUCGAGUGACCCACUCAGACCGUGGGAACUGGCACGACGAAAGUGGCCGCCAUAUUCUGUUGUACAUCAGCUCUUUACUGGCGUGACCCAUCUUUUGCUAACUGAAGCCUUGGUUCUCCCCCAUAUGCGGCAAUUCUGCGAGCACGCAUGCUCGCAUUUUAUAUACGAAUUUCAAAUUGCUAAGAAUGAACACGAACGCCGCGGUGCGCAGACUGAAAUGGCGGUUCUCAUGACUGACUUCAUUACCAGGGGGAUAGAUUUUUCAUUUGCGGAGGAUGAACUGCGUCAGCAACGCAUGGCGCGCGCCUUGGCCGCUCUGCACUGCUCUCGACUAGAGUAUGCCGAGGCCAUUGACUGUUAUUUGGACAGGGAGAAUAAUUGUGCGGAUCCGGAGCUGUCAAAAGACGUCUUUCGUGUGCUUCGAGAGGAGAUGACCCGAGCUUAUCAUUUGGGUGAUGAAAAGAUGGCGCAACGACUGCGAGAGGCUGUUAUGCAUCGAAUCUCCCUCUUGGUAAACGUGGAUGCGACGUCGCUGGCGCAGUUCGUACUGGAGCACCUUCAGGGGAGUCACGAGGAUGUCAUGAAUAUCCUUCGCCGCUCCAGUGGGACGUUUCUUCGUUACCUCGACGAGUUGGUAGCGAAGGAAGACCCGAUGGUAUCGAACGAUGUGAGGUUGCAGAAUACGUACAUUGAAUUAUUGUGUGCUCAUGACCCGGCGCGAGUCUACCCGUACCUGCAUUCACGCGAUCUGAUCAUUAAAUAUGAUAUUCAUCUUGUGCUGGAUGCGGUGAAGCGACACAAUAUUGCGGAUGCCGCAGUGUUUCUGCUUGAAAAAACGCUCAUGAUCGACGAGGCGAUGGAAAUCCUGUUGGGCGCCGUUACCGGAAAACUGCGUGCACUACGACAGGAGGUGCUAGACCAUGUUGUUUCCGUCUGCCGGAAGGGCACGCGUCCUCCUCGACUCUCCUUGUGGACAUUGACCCAGCAAGAGGAUGCGGGAAUGACGCGAAGGAUGACGGUGGCGGAGAGAAGAAGAGGGGCAAGGGAGGAAGACGGAGAAAAGAAGGGAGAACAGCAGCCACACGGGGAGCAGCAGCAGCAGCAGCAACGUGCCCAUAUUUGGGCUGGUGAGGAGCCACUGCAGCAGGUGCUGAAGGUGGGUGUGAAUUUGUGCAACAAGUACAACGAUGACUGUGCUCCGCAGUUGAACCAGAAUUGGUUUUGUUUGCUGGAGCUUUUUACGCGUCCACGUCGCCUUUUGUGUGAUCGACAGAACCAACACAACGCUGCGUUGAGGUCGGUACAGGACGCGGUGGAUGGGUUUGAAGACGAUGAAAUUUGUGCGGCACUCACACCCGGAGGCAGUCCGCGGAACGAAGGCAGGUUCCCUCUUUUGUCAGGCCCUCUCUCGGCCGUGGGUGUGUUGUUUCUGGAACAAAUGAUUGCCAUUUACACAAAAUAUGUCUCCUUUCUGCUCACACACAUGGUUGAAGUGCUGGAUCCUUCUGCUGUCGUCUGCCGAAUCGUCGAGGAUCAUGAACGUGAGCGGUUUGGUCCUUUUAAGCCUGUCAUCGUUGACAUUAUGUCUUCACUGAAUUUUGAACUGGAGGUCAACCGCCUUUGUAAGAGUUGUAUUGACAACGACAUUAUGGCACUUGGAAAUGAGCUCCACCGAAGCCUGAACGGAGGCGUCGUUUCUCUCUCAGAUACAUGCUACAUCUGCGAGGGAGGUCUUGGCGAUGCAUGUGGAGCCGAGGGGGAAGCAUCGGUGCGAAUAUUUGCCUGUGGACAUGGCUAUCACGACACCUGCGCCGUGAACUUUGAUGGCGGGGCGGAGUGUGCCCAGUGCUGCAAGGAGCGCAUGGGGGAGAAUUACCGUGUCGCGCUGAGAGUGCCACGCGAUGGCGUAGAUGAUGAAAUAAAGAAAGAUGGGAGAAAAAAUAAGGAGAAUGGGGAGGAACUGCCGCAGGCGAUGGCGCGGGAAAAGGAGGGGGGAAAAAAGGGAGAAGAGGAAGUUUCAAGGGUCCUUCGGAGGUUGCGAUACACGCGGGCGAGGCUCGACGGGGCACGGGACUACUCUGAUCUCCUCUGCAGGUUCCUCUGCCCAAGUGAAUCCUUGACACCGUCGCACGAGUUGCUGAAGGGAUCCACGGAGAAAAGGUUGCUUGCGCCUGCGCCACCUUUUCCCAUCAGUUUCGGAGAAUUUUCUGCGGAGACGUUAGACUUUGGCCCCACCCUGACGGCGGUCCUGACGGACGAGGAGCUGCUCGAGUUGUUUGGCACGCAAGGGGAGGGCAGCGAUGAUGAUGAUGAUGAUGAGAAGGGGGUGAUGUCGCUUGGGGAUGGGAUGGAAUUUCGGUCUGACACGACGCAGUGA